CCUAGUUUUAGCCCGAAUACUGCUCAUCGCCGAAUACUACUCGAAAACCACAAAUACUAAUCCUAUUCUUGGGGAACACUGCCACCAACUUCGCUGGUUGGCCAACUGGCUGGCCGGCCGAACCAGCAACUCAAAAGUUGGUGGUUCGGCCGGCUAGUUGGUGGCUGGGCCGGAACACAUAUAAUAUGUACCUAGGUAAUAAUUAUGCCACACAUAUUCCUACUUUCUCCAACAUCCUCCUGCCCAACACCAAUACGAUCAGCAAUAAAACCACCCAUGUCCUGCUUCUUGGCCUGUGUGCACCUACCUACUGCAUUCCUGCUCUUGAUAGGUCGGUAUUGUCUUGGAGUGCGUAGCCGCCAGCCAUGCACAGGAUGGGCCCCGAUGAGAGGAGCUGGGGAGAAAUUAGGCACCCUGUGGUCCUGCUCGGUCGGAUGCCACAGCAAGCAGAAGUCCGUGUUGUGGAAGAUGACUGGACAGGGAGUACAGAUGCCGCAGAGCGGAGAAAGCGCCAGAAUAGGUUGCAUCAAAGAAAGUACCGGAAAAAGAUAAAGGAACUGAAAAUGCUUGCUGCUUCGACUGGCUCAUUCGAACAAGGCCCUGGUAAAACUUACCCUAGCGACGAUCCACAUUCCGUGGCUUGUCUAGACGAUAUCACCCCUGACACACAGUACACACUACCUGCAGACUUGCACGGCCCUAGUCAGCCCUCUGAGCCCCAAUUUAGACAUGCCUCGCCUACCUCCGGGCUAUCAGCUUCUCAGGUCCAGGGCGUGAUCGCACGAGUAGAGAAUUCCCUCUCUCAGCAAUAUAUAGUCAGCUCCCCACGCGUUGAUCUCCUCCUCACUCUGAUCCAAUUCAACGUCUUCCGUGCCUUAGUAAGCAACACAUUCACUCUCGGGUUUCCAUUUACCUGGUUGAGCGCAGAAGCCGACUCCCCCUAUAACCUAGGAGAGUCACGCUGGUGUUGUCCUGCCAGUCUGCAGCCUACAGAGCUUCAACGGAAAGUACCACAUCACCCGUGGAUUGAUCUGUUUCCGUUUCCGGCACUGCGAGACAAUAUGCUAUCUCAGGGCGAGGACUUUGAUGAUGAUGAUCUAUGCCAUGAUUUGGUAGAGGUAUGCCAUGCGCCUAGUGAGAGGAGUGGGCUCAUUGUCUGGGGUGAUCCAUGGGAUCCUCUUGGCUGGGAAGCUACGACCGAGUUUAUCAGCAAAUGGGGGUGGAUGUUGAGAGGUUCUCCAGAACUGUUGUUUUCGACAAAUCAUUGGAGGGGGAAACGCGGCGAAGAGGCGAUUGUUUUCGAUGUCACACCUUUGGAAUCAGUGCGUUCUUGAUCUCGAGCAGGCUGUUGAACCCCACGACUCGUCUUUGCGUGGCUUUAUCAUGGUGCAUGAAGAUACUUUUAGAGCUGUACUUUAAUCUUCUAGGAUAUGGUCAACAAUAUCAGGUCAAAACCGAUUAAAGUUCCUCUGAUUUUGUGUUAACAAUAUUUUGAACAUAGACUAUCUCACAAACAAGCCCUCUUCAACCGGAGCUGCCGCCAUCUGAGCCACUUGGAUCUCUUGUAUCAGCUCAUUUCCAGGAUAAUCAUCAACAUCCAAGUCCAAGUAUCCCGCAGGAGCCCAUUUCCUCGCCGAGACGAACAAUGAUCUCCCAUUUAUGGUCGUGUCGGACAGGAGCCUUAGUAGCGCACUCCCAGCAUCUUCAGCUUCGGCAAAUUGCACUCCGCGAGAUUCCACGUGGGCGAACUCCUCGGUUGACAGAAUCGAAGUCUUGACGUACCUACAUCGAUCUAUCAGCGGAGCUAUGUGAGGAUGGGGCUUGGGGCAUAUUUACCAGGGCGAAAUGAGAUUGACACGAGUGCCAUGGUAAAAUGCAGUCCUUCUCAACGUGUGCAUGAUACCUCGCACUCCCCACUUUGUGCUUGGAUACACUGGACCUCGCGGGCAAUCAAGGAAGGCAGCUCCGGAU